GCCCGCCCUGCUCGGCUGUCCGCUGUCCGCCGCCGCGGGAGCCGGAGGUGGGUCGACAAGCAUCGAAAGUGAGCGGUGGACCCACGUGUGUGCUGGUGGAAGAAGUUGGCCACUGAGCCAGGAAAACCACUGUGCCUGCUGGGACCCCUGCUCCUCACCAUGCACUGUCCAUGCUGAUGAGCCUGCGGCUCCUGCUGUGAUCGGGGAUCUGGGGAGACCAUGUCCAGGCCCCCCGACUGGCUGCUGCGUCUGCUCCCCAGAGCCCCGAGGCAGCGCGUCUGCGCCCUCUUCCUCAUCAGCUUCAAGUUCACAUUCCUGGUCUCUGUGGUGAUCUACUGGCACGUCGUGGGAGGGCCAGGGAACCAGGGACGGUUCCAGAACCUGCCUGCCGAGGUCCCCUGCCCCACCCUGGAGCUCCCCACACCACCCUCCGGCAGCUCCACGCGACUGCCGCCAGCGCCCAACAUCUUCUUCCUGGAGACCUCAGAUCGCACCAACCCUAACUUCCUGUUCAUGUGCUCCGUGGAGUCGGCGGCCAGAACCCACCCCGAGGCCCGCGUGGCGGUCCUGAUGAAGGGGCUGCCCGGGGGCAACGCCUCCCUGCCCCGGCACCUGGGCAUCUCGCUGCUGGGCUGCUUCCCCAACGUGCAGCUGCUGCCGCUGCAGCUGGAGGAGCUGUUCGCAGGCACGCCCCUGGCCGCCUGGUACGCAGCGGCGCGUGGGCGCUGGGAGCCCUACCUGCUGCCCGUGCUGUCGGACGCCUCCCGCCUCGCGCUGCUCUGGAAGUUCGGGGGCAUCUACCUGGACACGGACUUCAUCGUACUGCGGAGCCUCGGGAACCUGAGCAACGCGCUGGGCACGCAGUCCCGCUACGUGCUCAACGGCGCUUUCCUGGCCUUCGAGCGCGGCCACUCCUUCCUGGCGCUGUGCAUGCGUGACUUCGUGGCGCAUUACAACCGCUGGGUCUGGGGCCACCAGGGCCCGCAGCUGCUCACGCGGGUCUUCAAGAAGUGGUGCUCCACCCGCAGCCUGGCCGAGAGCCACGCGUGCCACGGUGUCACCGCGCUGCCCCGCGAGGCCUUCUACCCCAUCGCCUGGCAGAACUGGAGGAAGUACUUUGAGGAGGUGAGCCCCGAGGAGCUGACCCGGCUGCUCAGUGCCACCUACGCUGUGCACGUGUGGAACAAGAAGAGCCAGGGCACGCGCCUCGAGGCCACGUCCAGGGCGCUGCUGGCCCAGCUCCAGGCCCGCUACUGCCCCACCACACACGAGGCCAUGAAGAUGUACUUGUAAGGCUCCAGGUGGACCCCCAUGGAGACAGGUGCUUGGCCAGCCUUCCCGGGAAAGGUGUGGGAGGUUCUGAGCUGUGGCAGGACCGUGGCACCCACAUUUUCAGCCAGUGUGCAGCUGCAGGGUUGCCCUGGGCCAGGCAGAGGCCCUGGAUCUGACUGG